CAGGCUGAAUAAUGUAUGCAAGCAACCAAACAACCGGGGUUUAAAAAAAUACUGCAUCGAGCAGGCCUGGUUGGGCUUGAUGGAGGCAACCAAACUCGCCACGUCUGGGAAGUGGGCGCGGACGGCGACGGUCCUCCCGGCCCGUACGGUCCACGCUGCCGACGCCCUCCACGCAACGCAAAGGCAGGCUGGGACACUGCUAAAAAGAAAAAGGCAGGCUGGGACAGAGUCUUAGAAGCCACUCGGUUUCGUAUAAAGCCCCUCGGCUCGCCCCAAAUUGGCCAAAUCACAACACCGAGCCCAAACUAUGCCCCGGCUGCACCAGCUCCCAUUCCUCGCCGUCGAGCUCACCGGACACCGCCCGAAGCCAAGAUGACUACUUCCAGGCGCCUUGCUGACAGGAAGACAUCGAAGUUCCAGAAGAACAUCACCAAGAGGGGUUCGGUGCCUGAAACCACUGUGAAGAAGGGGAAUGACUAUCCUGUUGGACCUAUAGUGCUUGGAUUCUUCAUCUUUGUGGUCAUCGGAUCAUCUCUGUCUCUGCAGCUCUGUUUCAGAUAAUCAGGACAGCGAGCAGUGGUGGGAUGGCCUGAACACUGUCAUACAUUAAUACAGUUGCAGCUAAAUCUGUUUGAUGUCGUCAUAGUUUGUCUUCUUAAAAGUACCUAGUUUGAACUGAUGUUGUAAGAACUGUAAACAGAGUUAUCAAUCUUAUACAUGUUAAACGGACAAGUUUGUCUC